AUGCCAUGCACAAGCUCAUCUCCGCCGCCUCUGAUCAAUGGUCCCUGGAGGAAGCCGGCCACGACACCCAACUUACACGUCCACAUUCCCUUCCCCCACGUCCUCAUCCUCGCCCACUCCACGAACUGUUGGGCUCAAUGCUCGCCGCCAUUUCCCCUGGACGAAACAGACUUCUGCGUGCCCUCCCCAAAUCUCCAAGCGGAACGGAUCCCCUCCCUACGCCAGGCAGUCCGCCACGACCUAGUCGACAAAUUCUGUACCGCCGAAUCUGCCCAGGUCGCGAUGAAAACGGACCCUGCCAAGGGCAUCUGCUUGCUCAGACUCUAUCUGGGCCGCAGGACCUCGACCCCGGACAAUUGCCAGAAUUUCCAGAUCCACGACUUCCCGUGCUACCUGGAUCAGAUGACGACUCUGGGCUUGGAUACGCACUACAUCGCGGCACAGAUCGGUCGUGCCCUCGCCGUGCUGCACUUCGAGACGAGAGUGGACAGGCGAAUACGUGGCGGCAGGCGAGCAAGUGGAGGAGGGGACAGCCUGGGCGGCGACCAUUUGGUGCUUGGACUUCAACCAGUGCCAACCCGUAUCCUUUGCUCACGACGGAGGUGGGCUCCCAACCUCUACCUCGCCCGCACCAACCUUGAGCACUACCACCAGCACCACUGCCACCACACAGAACGUCCACUAGGAACCAUAAAAUGCAUUGCGGCCUACUUCGCCAACGACCCCUACUUUCCCCGCCCGCACCAGCCCGAGCUGUGGACCAUCUUCUCGAGAACCUACGCGGGCAUGGCUGGGCAGAUCGGAUGGGCCGCCGCCGCGGCGCACGGCGAAGACGUCCUGGGCGGCCCGGAGAGGAUGAAGAGUCUGGCGAGGGCGUUCCUCCGGGGCAUCGAAGAUAUAUUCAAAAAGGCGCGGAUCAAACGGUGUCCCGUCGAAGAUCGAUUGGCCUGA